CUUUAACACCAUUCCUCUAACUACCCAACACUUUCCUCACAUUAAAUAUUUCCCUUUCCUCUCAUUUCAUCACUCACUCAAAAACAUAAAACUCCAAAACAAAAAACAUUCUUUCUUUCUUUCUUUCUCCACCACAAUGCCAUCUCCGCCGCUGAGACUAGCGGCUCUGCUUCUGUGCUUGGCCGCCGCCGCCGCCGACAGCCCCUACAGAUUCUUCCAUUGGAACGUCACUUACGGCACCAUCUCUCCUCUCGGAGUCCCUCAACAGGGCAUAUUGAUCAAUGGCCAAUUUCCGGGACCCGAAAUUUACUCCGUCACCAAUGAUAACAUCAUUGUCAAUGUGUUCAACAGCUUGAACGAGCCUUUCCUGAUUCAUUGGAAUGGAGUGCAGAAUAGGAGGAACUCGUUCGAGGACGGUGUGAUCGGGACAACGUGCCCAAUCCCGCCCGGUCGGAACUUCACAUAUAUUCUACAAAUGAAAGAUCAAAUAGGGAGUUUCUUUUACUUCCCAUCUUUGUCUAUGCAAAAGGCUGCUGGUGGAUUUGGAGGCAUCAGAAUCAUGAGCAGGCCUCUAAUCCCAGUCCCAUUUGGUCCACCAGCAGAUGAUUUCACUCUCUUAAUUGGAGAUUGGUACAAAAAUAAUCACACUAUCUUGAGGAGACUUUUGGACAGGGGGAAGAAACUGCCUUUCCCACACGGUGUUCUGAUCAACGGGCGCGGCCCCGGGGCCACGGUCUUCACCGUGGGCCAAGGGAAGACGUACCGCCUUAGGAUAUGCAAUGUGGGACUUCAGAACUCCCUCAAUUUCCGCAUCCAAGGCCACAAGAUGAAGGUGGUCGAGAUCGAAGGAACGCACACGCUCCAGAUCAGCUAUUCGUCCCUCGACAUCCACCUCGGGCAGUGCAUGUCCGUCCUCAUCACCGCUGAUCAGCCGCCUCGGAACUACUAUGUUGUCGCAUCCACCCGCUUCACCUCUCAGGUCCUCACCAACACCGCCUUCCUCAAAUACUCCAGCUCCAACACCCCCACCUCCGGCCCACUCCCCGGGGGGCCCACCACUCAGAUUGACUGGUCCCUCAACCAGGCUCGCUCUAUGAGGACUAAUUUGACUGCAAGUGGGCCAAGGCCGAACCCGCAGGGGUCGUACCACUACGGCAUGAUCAAGACCGUGAAGACGAUCAGGCUGGCCAGCUCUGCCGGUCAGGUGAACGGAAAGCAAAGGUACGCCCUCAACAGCGUGUCCUUUGUGGCGCCCGACACGCCCAUGAAGCUGGCCGACUACUUCAAGAUAGACGGAGUGUACCGCCUGGGAAGCAUCUCCGAGGCUCCCCGCGGGGCCGGAAUAUACACGGACACAUCGGUCUUGGGGGCUGACUACAGGACCUUCAUCGAGAUUGUCUUCGAGAACUACGAGGACAUCAUGCAGAGCUACCAUCUCGCGGGCUACUCCUUCUGGGUAGUAGGAAUGGAUGGAGGGCAAUGGAGCUCAAAUAGCCGAAACCAGUACAACCUCCGAGAUGCAGUGUCCCGUUGCACGGUGCAAGUGUACCCGAGGUCAUGGAGCGCAAUCUACAUAGCACUAGACAACGUGGGGAUGUGGAAUUUGAGAUCAGAGUUCUGGGCAAGACAGUACCUCGGGCAGCAGACGUACCUGAGAGUUUACACGGCGUCCACCUCGUUGAGAGACGAGUAUCCGAUUCCAAAGAAUGCUCGCCUCUGCGGCAGGGCAAGAGGGAGGCACACGCGCCCCAUAUGAUAUAAUAGGACUCUAUGCACUUGACACUACUUGUUGCUUCACUCUUUUCAUGGACUUAAUGAUCUCACCUCGAGCUCACAUUCUUUCUAGCUUCAAUUACUCCGAUCUUUGUUUCUUUCUUUUUCAUAUUCAUGUAUGAAUUUAAUACAAUUAUAUAUAGGUAAUUGUUUCUAGUGCAAA